AUGGAAAGAACUAUUAUCACGGGAAACAGGAGUCAUGAUGAUGGCUUGAGGACGAUCAAGACUGCAACUGUUGAGAUAACAGGUGAUGGAUUUGUUGCUUCGGGUGUAACUUUCCAGAAUGUUGCUGGACCAGAAAAGAAACAGACGGAGGCGUCGUUAAUUUAUGGGACUGUGGAUUUCAUUUUUGGUGAUGCAACGGCUGUGUUCCAACGUUGCAACAUAUUCGCUGGGAAGCCACUCGAGGGACAAUCGGACACUGUCACCACCAGUCCAGGAGGCUUCGUGAUCCACAACUGCAUGAUUAGAGCAACUUCAGAAUUGAUUGCAUCUCAGUAUCUUGUAAAAACAUACUUGGGUAGGCCUUGGAAAGAUUUUUCUAGAACUAUUGUGGUGCAGACUUACCUCGAUAGGAGCAUCGAUCCUCGGGGAUGGAUGGAAUACGAUAACAGAAGCUCUCACUUGGAUUUAUAUUAUGCCGAAUACGAUAGCAGAGGUCCAGAAUCCGGCACACAUGAUAGAGUGAAAUGGAAAGGAUUCAGGGUGAUUGACUCCGUUAAUGCUUCUCAAUUUACAGUCGGGAAAUUUAUCGAUGGUGACAAGUGGAUUCAAGCGAGAGUUCCAUAUAAUUCGAAUCUCGAUGGUGACACAUGGACUCCAGUUACUGCAGGUCCAUAUGAUAAAGAUCUCAUAUACUUGCCUGAUUCUCUCGGACAGUGUUAA